UUUCUCUGAGUGAGAGUCGCUCCAGCGCUGAUCUUGGCGAGUUGGGAGUUUUUUCCUGGACGUGAACGCGCAGCUUUUCAGCUUUAAACGCCGAAACCAGAUGGUGGGAUCUGGCAGUGUUGAACUGGAGCAGCUUUCGUGAGAUUCACCACUUCUUGGUGCGCAUAGGACAGGAUAAAAUCUCUUGAUAAAUGGAAACAUCUUAGCACAGACACUCCUGUUUUUGGGAGGAACGGUUGGAGCUGAGCACUGUGUUACACAGCAUUAAGACUGUUAUCUCAUUGAGCACUUAUAGUGUUGAGAGGAAAGUGUUCCCAGCUGGAAGCAAUCAAGAUCACACUCAAAGAAGGGAUAAACACUGCUCCAAAUGGAGUCUGGCUGGGUAGGAAUCACUAGCAAUGAAGAAAUCCUGACAUCAUGAUAAGAUUACAACCUCUCUGGUUACUGAGCUUUAUAACGGAGAGACUUGUUUGACAGAAUGAGGAGAGUCCGCAUAAAGGGAGACGUGCUCUGCACCCUGAUCCUGUUGGUGCUUUUCUGCAUACUGCUGUACGCCCACCAGGCUUUAACGCCCAUCUGGGAGACAGUACGUAUCGAGCAUGUCUCUACCAGCUCCAGAGCCCUCUUAGGAACCCCUUUAAAAGGAAUGUCGCUUCCCUCUAAGCCACCUAAUUUGCCCCAGUGCAAUCCUGAGCCUAAGUUGCAGGCACAAGCAAAACCCAAGUCCCAGAGUAAACCUAAAGGUCAGAUGAAGUUAAAGCAAAAGGAUAAGAAGAGGAAAGCCACUACGCCGAAAGCCAAUAUUGUGCCCACUCUGCCUCAGUUUGACUUUGAGGAUUACCUUCGCAAGAAAGACCAGCGUGAGUUCAGGAUGCUAAUUGACCAACCAGAGAAGUGUUCAGGGCCUGAAGGUGCACCCUAUCUGCUGAUUGCCAUAAAAUCAGUAGCUGCGGACUUCGACAAGCGGCAGGUAGUGCGGCAUACUUGGGGGAGAGAAGGAGUGGUCCAGAAAGGAGUGAACAUCAAGACCGUUUUUCUUCUUGGGGUGCCCCAAAAUGUUACAGCUCUUCCACUUUGGGACAGGCUGCUGGAGUAUGAGAGCCGCACGUUCAGGGACAUUUUGCUUUGGGACUUUGAAGACACAUUUUUCAACCUGACACUCAAAGAAACUCACUUUCUCCAGUGGAUCAACAUGAGCUGCUCCAAAGUCAAGUUCAUUUUCAAGGGUGAUGCAGAUGUCUAUGUGAACAUCGAGAACAUUCUGGAGAUGCUUGAUGGCAGGCAGAUCGAUCAGGACCUUUUUGUUGGAGAUAUCAUCUUGCACGCAAAGCCCAUCCGCAGGCGCAACAGUAAAUACUUUGUGCCUGAAUUUAUAUAUGGCCAAGGAGUUUACCCAUCUUACGCGGGUGGUGGAGGCUUUGUAAUGUCCGGGCACACUGCCCUAAGGCUGCACAUGGCCUGCAAGGAAGUGGAACUCUUUCCUAUAGAUGACGUCUUCCUGGGAAUGUGUCUGCUCAGGAUUGGUCUUCAACCGACCCGCCAUGAGGGCUUCCGUACCUUUGGUAUCGUGCGACCGUCGGCAGCACCCCACCUACAGGUGUUCGACCCAUGUUUCUACAGGGAACUGAUGGUGGUGCACAGCCUAACCGUGCCGCAGAUCUGGCUCAUGUGGAACCUCUUACAUGAUCCUAGUGUACGCUGUCACUCCCAUCAGGGCCCCACAGCUCUACCCUUUAAAUGGAAAAAUAAGAUUUCUACAGUAGCUAAAACAGAGUCGAAUGAGGAUAAUGACUAUGAAAUGCGAGUGUUUGUAAAGCACUGACUGAAAAGCUAGGCCUGAACUGCUGAUACUGUGAAAUUUAAAAUGGAGGAGGUUUGAAAAGAUUUAUGCUGGCAUAGACCGUAUGGUACAUUUAAGUGGAGAAUGUUUUGUUAGAUUUGUACACAAUAAGACCUGAGAGUUUUAAUUGUUUUGAAAGAACUACCGUUUCAGAAUUAUUGUCAGAAACGUAUCGUUUGCUGUAUUUGAAAAAGAUUUUGGUGUCAAAGUAUCAUUCUUGGCUACUGCGGAUACUGCUGAACAUUCUAAAAAUGAACCACAGAGGCCAAGGACGACAUCUGUCACAUUCUGCAAGGACAGUAAAGCCCAUGGGAAGUGAGCCCAUUUUGCUUUAUGAAAGACCACUGGUUGAAUAUGAGCACUAAUGAAAUAUUGGAUACUGAAAAUUCUCAGAAGUGAAUUAUACCACUGAGCAGCACUGUUAGUAUGAAUAUUUUAGAUUUGUAUGGCUACAGGCUUUCAAAUCUGUUUGUUUUGAUUUAUU